AAUCCUUCUCCUACCUGGAAAAAAAAAAUCUUCGUCAGGGUUUGACUCCCUCGCCCCCUAUCUCGCCGCCCGAGAAGCGAGGAAGGGGCCAGGUGCGAGAUGGGUGGCUACGAGAACGGAGACUCCCUGGCGGCCGUCGCGGGUGAGGACGGCGUUGUCCUGGGCGUGGACGGCGGCACCACCAACACCGUCUGCGUCUGCCUGCCGGCCGCAAUGCCGCAGCCGGAGUCGCCCGCCGCCGUCCCCGUGCUCGCCCGCGCCGUCGCCGGCAGCUCCAACCGCAACUCCGUCGGAGAAAGCGCUGCGUUGGAAACUCUAGAGCAGGUCAUGACACAGGCUCUAGCAAUGGCCAACACAGUUCGUUCAGCUGUCCGUGCAGUUUGUUUAGCUGUAUCUGGAGUUAACCACCCAUCAGAUCAGCAGAGGAUGCUGGAAUGGAUCCGGGAUCUGUUCCCAGGCAAUGCCAAGUUUUAUGUGGAAAAUGAUGCCGUAGCAGCUUUGGCUAGUGGUACAAUGGGAAAGCUGCAUGGCUGCGUGUUGAUUGCGGGCACUGGAAGCAUUGCUUACGGGGUCACAGAAGAUGGAAAAGUGGCAAGAGCAGCUGGUGCUGGGCCUGUUUUGGGCGACUGGGGUAGUGGAUAUGGCAUUGCUGCACAGGCCCUGACAGCAGUAAUAAAAGCACAUGAUGGUCGUGGACCACAAACUAGUCUUACACAAGAUAUCCUUAAGAAGCUUGAACUUUCUUCACCAGAUGAAAUCAUUGGGUGGACAUAUGCAGAUCCAUCUUGGGCACGUAUUGCAGCACUUGUACCUGUGGUGGUAUCUUCUGCUGAAGAUGGUGAUGAAGUAGCUAACAAAAUCUUGCAUGAUUCAGUGCAAGAGUUAGCUGAUACUGUUAUAGCUGUUGUUCGGCGUCUUAGAUUGUGUGGUGAAGAUGAAAAGGACAAAUUCCCUCUUGUUUUGGUUGGAGGGGUCCUUGAAGGAAAUAAAAAGUGGGAUAUUAGUGGUGAGGUCAUAAAGUGCAUUUCCAAGGUCUUCCCAGGCACCAAUCCUAUUUGGCCUGAGGUUGAACCUGCAAUUGGUGCCGCCUUACUAGCCUGGAGCCAUCAUCGCAAAGGAUUGAAGCUGGAGAAUGGAAGUUGAUUCCUAGCAUGGGAGGAAUGUGACUUGUACAUUGAGAAGUUGGCCAACUUAAGGAUAAAUUUGGCCCCAAAGACACAUUCAUCAGCAUGGAGGCUGCUGUUGUGUAAAUAAUAAAUCUUGGAUGGGAUGCAAACAUAAGGCGGGGACCUGGGAUGAAAACAUAUUUCUGAUGUAAGUAGGUAGAGUGUCCAAAGAGUUGUAAAAAUAGACCUUUGAUCCUAACUCUUGUGAUCUUUGUAUGUGUGCUGUUUGCGUUUGGAGGGGCGAACAUGUAUCAGUGUAUCAAUGAUAAUUGAUCUUUCAAAUGUACGAUACUUUUUUACAUCUUCA